AUGGCUUCAUCAGCGGCUUCGGACCCCUUUUAUGUGGCGCGAGAUGAGGUUCAAAACUCGGUGGAUGUGAUGAAUGAUCGGUACCAAGAGUGGCAGGCCAAGCAGGCUUCGGGCGUUAACCUGGCUAGAUCGGCCAGCUUCGAGGAUCUUCAGCGGAAACUCAGAGAUGAUACGCAUUCUUUGACGGCCGACUUGCGAGAUGUGGAUGCGAGUAUUAGAGCUGUUGAGAAGCACCCUGAGCGAUUUCCGCAUUGUACGCCUAGCGAGCUCGCGAAUCGACGAGAUUGGGCUACUAGGAUGAGGCAACAGGUGCGGGAUGUCAAGAACGCCAUGGGCUCUGAGGCAGCCCGAGAGAGGCUGAGUAAAGACCGUGCAAUGCUGCAGAUGGAAGAGGGAGCGGCGAGGCAGGCGACUGCUCAGGAGAACUCGAGGCUGUUGGGGACGAAUAAACAAGUCCAGGAGCAGAUAGUAGAGGAUCAAGAUGAACAGCUCGAUGACCUCGCCAGAGUUACUCAUCGGCUGGGGGAAGCGGCACAGGCCAUCAACGUGGAGUUAUAUGACCAGCAGCGGAUGCUGAGCGAGCUGGAUGAGAACAUUGAUAGGCAACAGGAGCAGAUGAACUUUGUCAUGGGGGGUCUGUCGAGGCUGCUGAAGACCUCUGACCACAAGCAGCUGUGCACGGUCAUCGCACUGUUCUUGAUACUGGUAUUCCUACUUAUGUGGAAUCUCAACCUCUGA